AUGGAUUCAUCAGCCAUUCUUCUUGCAAACUCGAUUCUAGCCAGUUUCCAGUCUACUAAAGCAAUAAAUCCUGCAGAACUUCAAAUUUUCCAAGAACUUAUCGAUAAAAACGAUCCUGUUCUGCUCCAAAUUUUAAGCAGACAUAGCUCAGAAACCGAGCUCAGUACAAUUGAACUUGAAAUUUUCCAGCUUGUCAAGCGUAAGCACAAGCCUCAAAAUGUAUCGAUUCCGGCCAAAAGCAUCACCGAUGAAAUGACUUCCCCUCUCGAUAAUUACCUUUACGAAAGAAAAAAGCGCAACAGCUCAGACGACGGUGUGUCACUAUCUAUAGGUGACCCAAUUAUGAUUCAAAUUGAAGAAGUUCAUGAGCAUCAAAUUGAAGACAUUUAA